AGAGGGGGGGGGGGCGUGGCCUCCAGCAUGGUGUCAGAGCGCGCCGAGGCGCGCUGCGAGGGGGGCGUGGCUUCCCGCAUGACGUCAGAGCGCGCCAAAGCGCGGGCCGGUCGCGCCGCCAUGGACCCCGGGCCGUGGGGCGUGUGCGAGGAGACGGCGAUCCUGCAGGGCGGGUUCCUGCUGGCCGCCCGGCUCAGCCAGCGGCCGCUGCGGGAGCUGCGCAAAGCCGAGUGGCCACGCGUGGGACCCCCCAUCACCGACGCGCUGGGGGAGAUCGGGGCCCGCUGCCCUUCGCCGCUGCAGCACGACGCCUGGAAGAAGGAGGCCGUGGCCAUGGUCUGGGCUAAAGUCCUGCUGCCGGGCUCCACAGCCACCUCGCUGGACGAGGGCUGGAAGGAGGACGGGUUCUUCUCCGUGGGCAGGAUGAUCCCCGACGUUAACCGCACCAUCCUCUUCGAGCUGGUCAAGGCUCUCGGUGCACCCCGGCUCUUCGUGCAGCUGCUGCUGGCGCUGCCCCGCGACAUGUGCCGGGACGAGCUGGAGCACAUGGUGGAGUACGUCACCAGCGAGACGUCCCCGUCGGACAUCACGUUCUUCUUGGACGUGUGGUGGGAGGUGAUGAAACACAAGGAGGGACAGGAAGACGCAACGGCCUCUGCGUUCAGCGCUCUCAUACGCCAGCACGGGCGCGAGUCGUCUCUGGAUGAUGGUUUCCACCCUGCAAAGAGGUUCAAGGGUGACCCUGCCUCUCUGAAUGACCCCCCCGCUGCCACCAGCCUGCUCACGGUCCUGAUGGAGGGGUUAAAGCAAACCUAUGGGAGCAUCGCCCUGCCCCGCACGAGGUGCUAUGCCUUGGCCAACCUGGUGGAGCUGCUGUCCGUGUUCACUGAGCUGGAGCCGGAGCGCAGCCCCAUCCCCAUCGCAGAGUACCUGGACAAGGUGAGCUCUGUGGUCAGCCUCUGGAGCAGAGACGCCGAGAGCCAGUUCCACCACAACGGAAUGGACGAGAAGGUGAAGGAAGCAGAGAGGAGCAUGAGCCUCUUGUCCGCCACCAAGCUGUCUCGUGAGGAGCUGAUUGUUGGCUUGGAAUUUCUCUGCAGCUUGUUGCGUGCCUGGGGAGAGGAGCUGCAGGGCACCCUGAGCAGCUCUGAGGGGCUCUGCUAUGAGAGCUACCGGCUCCUGGACACUCUCACCGCUUUUGGGAAGAACCUGAUUUGCUUCUCAGAGACUAGAGACCUGGGUGAGGAUGAGACACAAGUAGUGUUGGAGCUGACACAGAUCACCAAGGACUUCCUCAGGGAGGUCAGCGCCAGCCUGAAGAGCAAGGCUUUGGACACCAACCUUGUGCCUUCAGUUGCCAUGACAAUCAUUGAGCACAAGCUGGACCGACACGUGGAGAUGUGCUCUGUUUUUGCAUCGCAAACAACCUGGGCCUUUUCGAAGGAUUGGCUCGACUGCCUUGUGAAAAACAAAGCUCUCUUCCAGAAACCAGAGCUAGUUUUGAAAUUGCUGGAGACACUGGUAAACUUUGGCAUGUCCCACCAAGACAGGGAGGCCCGAGAGCUGCAGAUGCAGGUGACCCAAGCCAUUGUGGAGUGUUACACUGAGCUUUCGUUAACUGACAAAAACAACGUGAUCUCAGGCGUCCUGGCGUCCUGGGGUGGGCCAGGUCUGUCCCGCAACUUGCAGGUUGUCAUGGAAGGUUUCCAGGAGGAUCUGAAUGUGACGUUCAACCAGAUCGUGUCUGAUCAAGGCCUGACCGGGGCCGUGGCUGCUGUGGCCAGGCUUGCGCUGCUGUACCCUGAGGCCACCGUGAAGCAGGUUUGUAAUCUUGCUGUCGUCAAUGUGGGGGCUCACCGGUUCCUCGCACAAAUCCUCUGCUCCUUCCCAGCGCUGAGCUUCCCGGAGCCCCACGGCGAGCCGGGCCGGCCGCGCAGCCUGGUGGUGAGGGCUCUGGAGGAGGCGGUGUGGGGCAGGCUUUCCUCUGAGAGAGAGGAGCAGCAGUUCCUCGAGUUCCUGGCCUUUCUUAUGCAGCCAAACUCAGCUGUCCCGCUUGUGUCACCUGCAGAGCUGACCAGAGCCUUUGUCCUUCCCUAUUUGACAUCAGACUCUGCUCAAAUUGAGCUGAGCCUGCAGAUCCUCGGUAAGGUUUUGGGGAUACAGUCCUGUGCGGAAGAGCACUGGAUCAAGUCCUGUCACCCGUUCCCACUUCUCCUCAGCCUCUGCAAGCUUCUAGAUGGUUACACAAGGUACUGGCAUCGGAAUAGGGACCAGCCCUUCCCUUCACUGGAGACCAAGGACCUGCUGCUGGACGUUCUCUGCCAGCUCUGCGAGGUGCUGGGACCAGAAGCCGCCCCCUCCCCUGAGCUGUGGGUCCAGUCGCUGGCUUGGCUUCACAGGAAGGUGGCAUCGCUGGACUGGACUGUCGGUCUCCGGCUGAAGAAGCUUUAUGGAGACCACUUCAAGAACGAGGUCCCGGCAACGCUGUUUGAGAUCUGCAGGCUUCCUGAGGACGAGUGGACCUCCCAGCCUUUGCCAGCUUACGGGCCGGGCAGUGGGCUCCUGGCGUGGAUGGAGUGCUGCUGCGUGUCCACAGCGCUCAGGGACACGAUGCUGGAGCUCCUCACGGUCAAUGUGGACAACCCUGAAGAAGUGAAUCUCUUCAGCAAAGGCUUCCUGGUGGCCCUCGUUCAGGUCCUCCCUUGGUGCAGCCGCAGUGAAUGGAAGAGGCUCACGCACGUGGUGGAAAACCUGCUGCAGAGGCAAGUCCUGCACGUGCCCUACACGCUGGAGUACGUGCAGUACAUGCCCUUGCUCAACCUCCGCCCGUUUGCCGGCCACCUCCGGCUCUCCGUGCUCCUCCUGAGGGGCUUCCAGCUCCUCUGCAGCUCCAGCUGUUCCACCUGGCUGCCGGCAGACGCUUGGCUGCACGUGGUCCAGCUCUACUGCAGCAGCCUCACGGACCUGCUGGGCUCCCUGAAGAGCAUCGCGGGGUCCCCAUCUCACCCCGCCGAGGACGAGGUGUCCUUUGCUCAGGAGGUGUCCUUCGUCUGCAUCCAGAUGUUCUGUCACCUGCUGCAUGUCGCUGCCAUGCUGCCGGAGAAGGGCUGCGGCGAGCCGCUGGUGGUGGUGGCUUUGGAGAUCCUGUCGCAGUACGAGACGUUCAGCAGCGCAGACACGUCCCCCAGCAACGCGCUGCGGAGAGCCAACGAGAGGCACUUUCUGGAGUCCAUCACGGACAACGGCAGCGACGCCGCCCUGCGCAGCACCCUCCUGCAGAAGCUCAGCAAGAUGGGAGCCCGCUCGGUGGAGGAGCUGGCGUGAGAACCGCAGAGGAGAGCACGGACCCUGCUGCAGGGGCCCUGUGCCUGGAAGGGUGUAAGAUCUUAAUAAACCUUAUCUAUUUUUCUCUUUUGAACUCA